UGCGCUUGUAUGUGUCUUACUUCUGGGAAAAUUAGAAGUGGCCGCCAUAUGCUUGGGAUUAAUUUUCCAUAUCUCACACAUUUUUAGAGAGGUUGGACAUACACCUCAAUGGGAAGUUCUCACUUGCUAAACAAGGGUUUGCCUCUAGUCUUCAUGGAUCCUUCCUGCUCUGUUAAUGAGGCUAAAUAUUCUGAUUGACCCUUUCAGGAGUUCUAUGCAGUGUGGAACAGAGAACCACUGAAAGAAUUCUAGAUUUGCUGGAAGCGAGCAGUCAUACGUGGUAUCACUUUAUAUUGCAGCAUAUUGAUCUGAGCAAGGCACAGAUACAGUAGCACAAACAGAACGGGUUUCCUGCAAGAACGAUGAGAACAUUUUGGAAUUUAGUGCUCCUGUCCCCAUAAUAUCGGUGUCGCUUUGUAAUAGAUGUCCCUGCAGAGAAACGCGCUGUCAUCUUCACUACCAGCCAGAAUUUGACUUGCCGUACAUCCACGCUCAAGCAUGUUUCUCAUUGAUUCAGGCAUUCGACCUCCAAUUAUGAACGGGCCAAUGCACCCGCGUCCUUUGGUUGCCCUGUUGGAUGGCAGAGAUUGCACAGUAGAGAUGCCUAUUCUGAAGGACGUAGCGACAGUGGCUUUCUGCGAUGCACAGUCUACACAAGAAAUUCAUGAAAAGGUAUUAAAUGAAGCAGUGGGUGCACUAAUGUAUCACACAAUCACUUUAACGCGAGAAGACUUGGAGAAGUUUAAAGCUCUUCGAAUAAUUGUCCGAAUCGGAAGUGGAUUUGAUAAUAUCGAUAUCAAGUCAGCUGGAGAUUUAGGUAUAGCAGUAUGUAACGUGCCAGCAGCAUCAGUAGAAGAGACUGCAGAUUCUACAAUGUGCCACAUUCUGAACUUGUAUAGGAGAACAACAUGGCUACAUCAGGCGUUACGAGAAGGAACUAGGGUUCAAAGCGUGGAGCAGAUUCGAGAGGUGGCUUCUGGAGCUGCACGAAUUCGGGGAGAAACAUUGGGAAUUAUAGGACUUGGACGCGUCGGACAAGCUGUAGCCUUGCGUGCAAAGACCUUCGGCUUCAAUGUUAUUUUCUAUGACCCAUACCUCUCGGAUGGCAUUGAACGCGCCCUAGGCCUCCAGCGGGUCAGCACUCUUCAAGACCUGCUGUUUCAUAGUGACUGUGUUACCCUGCACUGCAGCUUAAAUGAGCACAACCACCACCUUAUUAACGACUUCACCAUUAAACAGAUGAGACAGGGGGCAUUCCUGGUGAAUACAGCCCGGGGUGGUCUAGUGGAUGAGAAAGCCCUGGCACAAGCCUUGAAGGAGGGGAGGAUACGAGGAUCAGCGUUAGACGUCCACGAAUCCGAACCUUUCAGUUUUACCCAAGGUCCAUUGAAAGAUGCCCCAAACCUCAUCUGCACACCGCAUGCAGCUUGGUACAGUGAGCAAGCGUCCAUAGAGAUGCGAGAGGAGGCCGCGCGGGAAAUACGUAGAGCUAUAACAGGUCGCAUUCCUGACAGUCUGAAAAACUGUGUUAAUAAAGAACACCUAACUGCAGCUACACAUUGGGCUAGCAUGGACCCAGCCGUUGUUCAUCCAGAACUUAAUGGUGCUGCGUACAGUGGGUCAGAUUCCUGGAGGGCUGAGAACUGCAUGAAAUCUCAAUGGCAGAACGGGCAUGGUUAUGUCAGGUACCCGCCAGGUGUUGUAAGUGUGGCCCCCGCUGGUAUCCCUGCAGCCGUGGAAGGAAUUGUUCCCAGCGCCAUGUCUUUAUCACAUGGUCACCCUGCUGUAGUACAUCCACCUCAUGCCCCCUCUCCUGGCCAAACCGUCAAACCAGAGGCUGACAGAGACCACCCAAGUGACCAAUUGUAGCCCAUGAGAAAAUAAAACAACGACAAAAAAGAGACGUGCAUUCCCUGCAUUGGAGACUUCAUCUCUAGAGAGUGCGUUAAGAAUAAAAGAGAUUACAAAUAAGACCAUAAUCUGGAUUUUGAAUAGAGGCAAAAAUUAUGAACUUACAAGGAGAGACCAUAAUUGUUUUGUUUUUUUAUUAUUAUUAUUAUUUUUAGAGAUUGGUCCAAAUAUACAGUAUAAUGGAAGAAGAAAAGAGAAUUUAGGAACUUUUUUCCUCCAUAUAAAAUUGUAGUUUGUUCCUGUCCAGUGGACUGAUUUUCACUGUUCCGUGUCCUAUUGGGUCCUUUGUUAAAGCAAGAGAAGUUAGUAGUUAAUUAUAUCAUGAAUGUAAUUGUCUGUGUACAGUUUUUAGAACAUUAAAAAUGGUUUGUUUGCUUAGCUAUCAAUUGGGAAAUAACAUAAGGGAGGCAUUCAGCAAACCACUUUUGAGAUAAAAAAAAUAAAAAAUAUUUUUCUUUUAUAUGUUUAAAACAUGCCCAAUAAACAAGGCAGUUGGCAGAUUUCUCAGGACUAUACAUUUUCCCGUUUUUUCUUUCCAAGCCACAGUGCAUUGUUUUUUCUACCUGCUUGUCUUGUAUAUUUUUUUUAUAUAAAUAUAUAUAAAUAUAAUUUAGUGUAAACUGCAAAAUCUGUUUUUGUUUUCGUGGUUUUUUUUUCUUGUUUUUUUUUUUUAAUUUUUUUUUUUAUUAUUUUGGCAUGAAUUCCCUAAUUUCAGAUAAUUAUGAAUUACAAGAGAGAUUUUGAGGGAAAGAAAACAAACAAAAAAAUUCGUAUAAACAAGCAUUGUGCUUCUUGUCACCAGAUAAAAGUAUAUAUUGUUGGUGGUAUGCGGGAAAUGACUACUGAAACGGUGGUAGCAUUUACAUCGCCUACAUAGAUUCCUUCCUGGUAAUGUGGUAGGCUAGCAAUAUUAUUUUGGUUAAAAUCAUGUUUGUGAGUGUAACCAUUUGUAUGAAUUAUUUUAAUGAAAUAAAAGUCCCAGACAAAUA